CCGCUGUGGCUGCGGCUGCCUCAGCAAAGGCUCCCGCCUCCCCACCCCCCUUCUCUGUCUCCUUCCUGCCCGCCGCCGUGGAGACCUAGGCCGAAGCUGUUACCCUGCCCCCGCGGCUGAAGCAUCGUCCAGAGGGAUUGGCUGAGGGCGAGCCCCGCAGCCCAAGCGCGCGACGCACACGCGCGCCCCCAGCCAGCGCCAUCCUCUCCUCCCUCCCUCCCCUGCCCUGCCCUCCCUUCCCCUCCCCUCCGCCCGCCAGCCUCGGCUGCGGCGGGAGGAAGAACCCUUUCCGACCAGUCAGAAGAGCCCAGAUCGAUUCCCAUUUGGGGAGAAAGAGACCCCGCACACCGAACAGACCGACCGCUCGCCCCGGAGCCACGGAAGUGGCUUGCCUCUUAAGAGAGAGCCCGCGCCGACCGCAGCCCCCCGACCUCACCCAGCCGCUGCCGCAUAGACAGCGCUCCUCAGCGGGCCCCCGGCCCCGCCGAGCCCAAUCCCUGCGCAGGGCCCGGGCCGGCGAUGCCUGGCACGGCAGCGGCGGUGGCCGCGGCUGCUGCUGGUAUUGCCACUGCUGCCACAGCUGCUGGCCCGGGCCCGGGCCGGGGGCUUGAAUCUCCGCAGUGGGGCUGAGCCCGCAGCCCCGCCCCCCGAGCCUGAGGCCGCUGCUCUGCCGGGCGCCGGGCCUCCUCCGCCCGCGCCUCCGCCCCAGGAGCUGGAGCCAAGCGGGGAGCCCGGGCCCCGCGCCCAGGCCCGGACCAUGCAUGGCCACCGAGCCCCAGGGGGCGCCGGGCCUUCUGAGCCCGAACACCCAUCCACGAACGCCCCCGGCGCCUCUCCUCCGGUCAGUGUCGACACGGAUCCUGGAGCCUCCGAGCCCGGACUGCCGGUGCUUAGGGGCUCAGGCUCCGCUCUCGGCGGCCCCCUGGAUCCCCAGUUUGCCGGACCCUCGGACGCCAGCCUGGGCGCUGCUCCAGGCCCCCGGGUCUUACCCUGCGGCCCCAGUCCACAGCACCACCGGGCCCUGCGCUUCUCCUACCACCUGGAGGGCUCACAGCCCCGGCCUGGGCUGCACCAAGGAAACCGAAUCCUGGUUAAAAGUUUGUCCCUUGACCCUGGCCAGAGCCUUGAACCUCAUCCAGAAGGUCCCCAGCGGCUUCGCUCAGACCCAGGCCCCCCCACUGAAAGCCCCAACCAGCGUCCUUCACCGCUAAAGCGGACACCAGGCCCAAAGCCACAAGUCCCCCCAAAGCCCAGCUACCUGCAGAUGCCCCGGAUUCCCCCCCCACCUGAGCCCAUUCCCCCUCCACCAUCACGCCCACUGCCUGCAGACCCCCGAGUGGCCAAGGGCCUGGCCCCCAGGGUGGAGGCCAGCUCCAGUUCUGCAGCAGUAUCCUCACUGAUUGAAAAAUUUGAAAGAGAGCCUGUGAUUGUUGCCUCGGAUAGGCCAGCCCCUGGCCCCAGCCCAGGUCCCAUAGAGCCAGCCGUGUUGCCACAGCCACCCCCGCAGCCACCUGUGCCCCAGCUUCCUGAGGGCGAGGCCUCCCGCUGCCUGUUCCUGUUGGCUCCCGGGCCCCGUGAUGGCGAGAAGGUGCCCAACCGGGACAGCGGCAUUGACAGCAUCAGCUCGCCAUCCAACAGUGAGGAGACCUGCUUUGUCAGUGAUGAUGGGCCCCCCAGCCACAGCCUGUGCCCUGGGACCCCUGCCCUGGCCAGUGUCCCUGUUGCUUUGGCUGACUCCCACCGGCCCAGCUCCCAGGAAGUUGAUAGCGACCUGGAGGAGGAGGAUGACGAGGAGGAGGAUGAGAAGGACAGAGAAAUCCCAGUGCCCCCGAUGGAGAGACAGGAGUCUGUGGAGUUGACUGUGCAGCAGAAAGUGUUCCACAUUGCCAAUGAGCUCCUGCAAACUGAGAAGGCCUAUGUUUCCCGGCUCCAUCUUCUGGAUCAGGUGUUCUGUGCCCGGCUACUGGAAGAAGCUCGGAACCGCAGUUCCUUCCCAGCUGACGUUGUCCAUGGCAUCUUCUCUAACAUCUGCUCCAUCUAUUGCUUCCACCAGCAGUUCCUGCUGCCUGAGCUAGAGAAACGCAUGGAGGAAUGGGACCGUUACCCACGCAUUGGAGACAUCCUUCAGAAGUUGGCACCCUUCCUUAAGAUGUAUGGCGAGUAUGUGAAGAACUUUGACCGGGCUGUGGAGCUGGUAAACACCUGGACAGAGCGCUCCACCCAGUUUAAAGUUAUCAUCCAUGAGGUACAGAAGGAGGAAGCCUGUGGCAACCUGACGUUGCAGCACCACAUGCUGGAACCCGUGCAGCGCAUUCCCCGCUAUGAGCUGCUUCUCAAAGACUAUCUGUUAAAGCUGCCCCAUGGCUCCCCGGACAGCAAGGACGCCCAAAAGUCUCUGGAGCUGAUAGCCACAGCGGCGGAGCACUCUAACGCUGCCAUCCGCAAAAUGGAGCGAAUGCACAAGCUGCUGAAGGUAUAUGAGCUGCUAGGGGGUGAGGAGGACAUUGUCAGCCCCACCAAAGAGCUCAUAAAAGAAGGCCACAUCCUUAAGCUGUCAGCAAAGAAUGGGACCACUCAAGACCGAUACCUCAUACUAUUCAACGACCGCCUCCUUUACUGCGUGCCCAGGCUGCGGCUCCUUGGCCAGAAGUUUAGCGUGCGGGCACGCAUUGAUGUAGAUGGCAUGGAGCUAAAGGAAAGCUCCAACCUCAAUCUGCCUCGGACCUUCCUGGUGUCAGGAAAGCAGCGCUCCCUGGAGCUCCAGGCUAGGACUGAGGAGGAGAAGAAAGACUGGGUCCAGGCCAUCAACUCCACCCUCCUGAAGCAUGAACAGACGCUGGAGACCUUCAAACUGUUGAACUCAACAAACAGGGAAGAUGAAGACACACCCCCUAAUUCUCCAAAUGUGGAUCUUGGGAAGCGGGCACCUACACCCAUCCGAGAAAAGGAAGUCACCAUGUGCAUGCGCUGCCAGGAGCCCUUCAAUUCCAUCACCAAACGCAGGCACCACUGCAAGGCCUGCGGGCAUGUGGUUUGUGGGAAGUGCUCCGAGUUCCGGGCCCGCCUCAUCUAUGACAACAACCGCUCCAACCGUGUGUGCACGGACUGCUACGUGGCCUUGCAUGGGGUGCCUGGGAGCAGCCCGGUCUGCAGCCAGCAUACACCCCAGCGCCGGAGGUCUAUCCUGGAGAAACAGGCCUCAGUGGCUGCGGAGAACAGCGUCAUCUGCAGCUUCCUACACUACAUGGAGAAAGGUGGCAAAGGCUGGCACAAGGCAUGGUUCGUCGUCCCUGAGAAUGAACCCUUGGUGCUGUACAUCUAUGGAGCCCCUCAGGAUGUGAAAGCCCAGCGCAGCUUGCCCCUCAUUGGCUUUGAGGUGGGGCCUCCUGAGGCAGGGGAGCGGCCUGACAGAAGGCACGUCUUCAAGAUCACCCAGAGCCACCUGAGCUGGUACUUCAGCCCCGAGACAGAGGAGCUGCAGCGGCGAUGGAUGGCAGUGCUCGGUCGGGCAGGCCGUGGGGACUCGUUCUGCCCAGGGCCCACACUGUCUGAGGACAGGGAGAUGGAGGAGGCACCAGUGGCAGCUUCAGGAGCCAUUGCUGAACCCUCCGAAGCCCCCCAGACCCAAGACAAGACCUAGAGGGUUUGGGAGUAACUGGGGCCCACUGCCCCAUACUCUAGCUGCCCAUGUCCAAUUGGGGGCCCCAGCCCCCUCCCUCCCAGCUCAGUCAAUACUUGAACUCCCAUCAUGGGCACUUUCAAUCCUCAGUGCUGGGUCUUGGGUUUUUUAAUUCAUCUUUUCACAAAACAUGGGCUUUAAAAAAAAAUU